AUGCUUGACCUUGAAAUAUCCAAAACUAAUAAUUCAAUCAAAUUCCCACUCAAAGAUGUACAAGUACAUACUGUGAAAAAUCUGAAUUUACCAGUACAGUCCAUUGAUGUGAAUUUGUUGCAGAAUCACCACAAGCGCUUGAGAGGUCUUCCUAUAAAAUCGUAUACAAAUGCUGAACCAAAACAUCUCAUCGGACUUAACAACUGUCAACUUGGAGUAAGUCUAAAGUCUAAAGAAGGUGAAAGCUAUGAACCAGUAGCAGAAAAAACACGUUUGGGCUGGACAUUAAAAGGUCAAUCAGGCAAUAGUCUAUCUUCUGAAAGUACCAUGAUACACCACGUGUUUCAAAUGUGUGACUGUGAAAUUUCCGAAAAUAGUGAGCUGCUCGAGAUUGUAAAAAACUACAUUUGCUUGGACAACUUAGAUGUUGAUUGCAAUAAGGAUUUGUUUGUGUCAAGAGAGGACCAAUACGCUUACGACCAGCUGAAGAAGAUUACUCAAAAAAUAGAAAACCGAUAUCAGACUGGUUUACUCUGGAAAAAUGCCAACAUGCCUCACCCAGACAGUUUCCCAAUGGCGCUAAGACGAGCCAAGUGCUUACAAGCAAAAAUGUUAAGAAAUCCAGAUUUAGGUUACACGCUGCAAUCUAAAAUCGAAGAUUACGUAGCCAAGGGAUAUGCAAGAAAAUUGAACCCGUGUGAAGUUGAAACAAAAAAAUGUUGGUACUUACACAUAUUUCCGGUGAUUAAUCUAAAUAAACCCGGAAAAAUAAGACUUGUGUGGGAUGCUGCAGCUAAAGUUGAUGGUGUAUCCUUGAAUAGUAUGCUUUUGAAAGGUCCGGACCAUCUAACACCUAUGGUAUCUGCGAUUCGAAAAUUUCGUCAAAGGAAAGUCGCAAUUGGAGGAAUUUGCGCAGAAGAUCAAAAUUAUCAACGUUUUCUUUGGUUUGAGCAAGGUGCUCUAAAACCAUCAGUCUAUGUAAUGUUGGUAAAGACCUUUGGGUCAACUUGUUCGCCAAGCUGUGCUGAAUACAUUAAAAACCUUAAUGCUAAAGAGUUAAAAGAUCGUUUUCCUAGAGCAGUUCAAAGUAUUUUGCAUAACCAUUAUGUAGAUGACAUGUUGGAUAGUGUUGACAGUGAAGAGGAAGCAAUUCAACUCGCACGUGAUGUCCACUACGUUCACUCGCAACGUGGGUUUCAAAUCCGGAACUGGGUAUCAAACUCUAUGACGGUCUUAAGUGCACUCAACACAAAAUCUGCCGAUACAAUUAACUUAAGUUCUGAAAGAGAACUUGCCACAGAAAAUGUGCUUGGGAUGUGGUGGUCAACAUCUGAUGACAGUUUCGUUUUUAAAAUUUCAAAUCGUUACAAAAACGAGGAUGUGCUUCGAGGUCUCCUUGCAUUCUAUGUUAUACACGCCAAAAUAAUUUUUCAAGAAAUAUGGCGUUCUGGAUGUUCAUGGGACGAGUUCGUUCACGAUAAAGAGUAUUCAAAGUGGUUACACUGGAUUCGAUUGUUAACUGAGGUGACAGCUAUGAAAAUACCAAGAUGUUACGUAAGAGCUGAUUUCAAACAUUUUCCAGAGUUUGAGAUUCACAUGUUUGUGGAUGCCAGUGAAGAUGGAUAUGCUGCUGUGAGUUACCUGAGAAGUACCGAUGGAGAUCUGGUCGACUGCGUUUCGCUACGAUGUAAAACUCGAGUAGCCCCUAUAAAACUGAUGUCAAUUCCUCGGUUAGAGCUUCAAGCAGCCGUCAUCGGAGCUCGAUUAGCCAAGAGCCUUCUAGCUACCCAUUCAAUUCAAAUAUCUAAACUAACAUUCUGGUCAGAUUCGCGCACUGUAUUAUCUUGGCUUCGUUCGGAUCACCAUCGCUACAAGCAGUUUGUAGCUUUUCGCAUCAGCGAGAUACUCGAUUUGACGGAAUUAUAUGACUGGCGAUGGAUUUCAACGUCAGAAAACGUAGCUGACGAUGCAACGAAGUGGCAACGGAUUCCUGAUUUUUCAAACGACAGUCGAUGGUUAAAUGGACCAUUUUUCUUAAAACUUAAUUCAAGUGACUGGCCAAAAGAAGAUUACAAAAGUAAAACAACAGAUGAGGAACUUCGCGCCCAAUAUAUGGGAUAUCAUGGGAAAGAUAGUCUGGCUGCACAAUGUGAUGAAUUCAUGGAUGAAAUAUUGGUGCUAUCGAAAGGAAAUGCCAUUAAGAGAUUAAGCUCCAUCUAUAAGCUAUCACCCUACUUGGAUUAUAAUGGCUUACUUCGACUUAGUGGAAGAGUGGCCCUCGAGAACAGAGAUGAUCCUAUCAUAUUGCCUAAGUACCAUCACUGUAAUAACGAAACAGUUGUGAAUGACGUACGGCAAAAAUAUUGGAUUCCACGUCUCAGAGUUAUUCUCCACAAAACUCGACGAGAUCAUUGUCAAUACUGA